AUGUAUAGUUUUUUGAAAAAGAGAGAAUAUGGACUUAUAGCACCCUUACAGCUGAAACGAGCAGAAAUCACGAAACGCGCAUAUAACCUGGAAUUAAGUAAAACAAAAGAGUUGGCACUUUUUCAAAGAGGUGGUGUCAGUGCACUUCAAGUUGAUUGUACUGAGCAGAAAUAUCUUCUGACAGGCGGUGGCGAUGGCAAAGUCCAUGUCUUUGAUCUCGACUUUCAAAACCGUGAAAAUAAACGAAAUGAACCCAUUGGAAGUUGCGAACGAGGGGAUCGACAUAAAUAUGCUGUUACCUCAGUGUCAUGGUAUCCUUUUGAUACAGGAAUCUUCAUCACAUCUAGCCACGAUACAACCAUAAAAGUUUGGGAUACCAAUACAAUGAAGCCUGAAUAUGAGUUUGCUUUGGAAUCAAGAGUUAAUUGUCAGGCAAUAUCACCUAUAGCUUCGCAUUGUUUGGUAGCUAGUGCGGCAGCUGAACCGAGGGUCAGGUUGUGCGACUUAAAUAAUGGCGCCUUUACGCAUACCUUAACCGGUCAUUCUGGCUCUGUGUUAUCCUGUACAUGGUCCACGACGCAAGAAUUUAUUCUAUAUUCUGGAGGAGAUGAUCGAACAAUUCGUGUUUGGGAUAUCCGAAGAGCAGCAUCGUGUUUAAUGUCACUCGAUCAGGACAAUGCAGUGGAUCGAGACCCUUUAUCUGAUACCAAUUUCGCACAUGGCAGAGGAGUCAACGGCUUAGUGAUGACAAAAGAUGGCCAAUUUCUGGUGUCACUUGGGUUAGAUGAAAAGAUCCGAUUAUGGGACACAGCUACAGGGCAUAACACUUUUGUCAAUUACGGGACAGCAUUCCGCAAUCGUUAUUACUUUUACUUAACUGCGGCUAUAUCAGAUCAGGACGUAUGGCCUCCGCUGUUGUAUAUACCAAGUGAUGAUCGACAAGUGCUUCUAUACAAACUAUUAGAUGGCCAGUUGGUAAGAAGGUUGAAGGGUGCUUAUGGCAGAGUAACAUCGGUAGCUACUAGGCAUGCAUUUCAAGAAAUCUAUAGUGGUUCCAACGCCAAUGACAUUUUAAUCUGGGAGCCAUCGUUAGAGGGCACGAAAAUAUUGGACGAAUUCGAGGAAGAUGACUUAGAUGCAUGGAGUGCAAGCGAUGAGGAAGCGGAAGCAUGA